AGGUGGCACUUUUCCCCUUCCCUGAAUACAUUUAUUCAUUCCCUUUAUUUUUCAUCAUGGAUUAGAUUGUACAAAACCGUAUUUCCGACAGUCACUGAUAACAUCAAGGAUAAUAUUUAAUGUCUUCAUAUUACUUAAAUCAGGAAAUUUUUCGUCUGUUUGUCAUUUCAUAAUGUUCCAUGAUGGCCAGUAUUUGGAAGUCAUUAAGGCUUCUGAUAAUUGUCUGGCUACAGUAAUUGUAACAGUAAAAGAAAAAGUAGUUAAAAUUGAUAAGGAAAAAAUAUCUACAAACAAAUGGUUAAGUUUAGAAGAUUGGUAUGAACUUUAUAAAAUCAUUCAAAAAGCAAUUUUAAGAAAUAGCAAGGCAAGCAAGGAAAAAGACAAGUGUAAUAUUUUGGAAAAAAAGAAAUCUACUAAACGCUUAGAUAUUGUUUACACUAUCGAGCCACCUGAAGACAUUAAAAGUAAAAACUCAUUGCCUACUGUUAAAGUGAGAGUAUCACCAGCAAAAAGAUUAUCACGAAUAGCAAGUACACCAAUUUCUAGGAACAAAACAGAAACUAUUGAAAAAACCAAUCAGACUGUAAAUGAAGCAUUAGAUGCAUUAUUCAAUACUCCAGAAGCUAAAAUACAACGAUUGAUGGGAGAAGAAGAUCCUUAUCAUCCUGAAGAAUAUGUUCCAACAGACUUAGUAAAUAAACAAAAAAUACAGGAAGAUUUAAAAUAUGUUCCUAGUAGAAAAAGCUUACUAAGACAAUUAAAACAAUCUAAUGAAUCAAAUUCCAACGAAUAUUCUCCGCCUUUGACGAUCAAACAGAGUUUAUCGAUAAAAGAUGAAGUGGGAUAUGUGCCAAAUCCAAUUUCAAGUCUUGAAAAAGUCAAACAUGAUGUGUAUGAUCCAUGUGGAGUAAAUAGUCUACCUCGUGAACUUAGCGAAGCUUAUAUACCAAGUUCGAAGAGUUCUAAUUCAGUGGUAGAAGAGUAUCAGCCAAAUUUUCCCACGAAAGCUAUGCAGUUUGAUGAUAGUUAUGUACCAUCAUUAAAGAAAUCUAUAGAUCAAACUAAGAAUAAAGAUAUUGGAAAGAAGAGAAGUCGAAAAGAAAACGAAAUUAUGAAAGCACGAAAAAAAAUGUUUUUAGAUAACAAUAAGAAACCAUUGAAUGAUAAGAAUCCAAAGCAAAAAUUUUAGAAAAACUUUUUACAAUCUACAAUCUUCAUAUUUAUUUUCUUACUUUGAAAGUAGAUCACGAUAAAUUCAGGAGAAAUAUUCGCACAUUGUCUCUAUUUUUAUAUGAAAGUUAUUUCAA